AUGGAUUCUAGCUCAGCCACCAGGAGCCAUCUGCGCCAGAGAGACGACUGGCAAACCCUCGCCCCACAAGCCCUUGAACUGUUGAACAACAUCCCUUUACUGAAGACUGAAGACCGUAGUCACAGCUCUGGCGUCUGCUCCCCGGCGUUGCCCGCCGCCGAUCCGUUAAAUUCAGCCUCCUUCUCUAGCGGCUUCCAAAUUUUAAUGGGGAAAAAGGUCAACAAGAAGGCAGCCCGCAGUGCUCAAAAGGACAAACAGAUUCCAUCUUUUUCUCCCAAAACAGUUUCACAAGACAUCAUUCCAUCCAUUGAUACAGUCAUCAAUGGAGUUUCUGUUAUUAAAGAGACUAAAACAUGUCCUCAUCUUGAAAAGGGCAUCAAUUUUGAAAACUUUUCCUUAAAAAUAGCAUCACUUGAGUCUCACAAAUGUGAUGAUUGUAGAGAAAGUGUGAACGAUAGAAGGACAAAAAAGGGAAAAAAGAAUAAAGGAAAUGGUUCAAAAUCCGAUUCCAAUUCCAAUUCCAUAUGGGUAUGCUUGGAAUGUGGUCAUUUUUCAUGUGGUGGUGUUGGGUUCCCAACAACCCCUCAAACCCAUGCAGCACGCCAUUCAAAACAAAAUCGCCAUCCAUUAGUUAUAAAAUUUGCAAACCCUAAUUUAAGAUGGUGUUUCAUUUGUAAUACACUUAUUCCAGUUCAAAAUGGAGAACAAAAAGACACAUUAUCCGAAUUUGUUAAAGCAUUAAAGACUCAAUCGUUAGAAACGCGUAAAGAUGUUGAUGAUAGUGAUACAGCCGAGGUAAAUUCCGUAACUACCCUUGAAAAUGGUGGAUACAUAGUAAGGGGUUUAGUGAAUUUAGGGAACACUUGUUUCUUCAAUUCGGUUUUGCAAAAUCUUUUAGCAAUGGAUAAAUUGCGGGAUUAUCUCUUGAGACUUGAGGGAACUUUAGGGCCUCUUAUGGUGUCUUUAAAGAAACUUUUUGUUGAAACUAGUCAAUCAACAGGGGGCAAGAAUGUCAUUAAUCCACGAGCCUUUUUUGGGUGUGUUUGUGUCAAGGCUCCACAAUUUAGGGGAUUUCAACAACAUGAUAGUCAUGAAUUGCUUCGAUGCUUGCUUGAUGGAAUGUGUAAUGAGGAAUCUGGUAUAAGAAAACGUUCUCAAAAUGGUAAUGCUACUCAAGAACAUGUUCCUACUUUUGUGGAUACCAUUUUUGGAGGACAAAUUUCUAGCACUGUUAGUUGUUUGGAAUGUGGGCAUAAUUCGGUAGUAUAUGAGCCAUAUUUAGAUCUCUCAUUACCUUUACCUACUAAAAGAUCUCCUCCAUCUAAAAGGGUUCAGUUGGUUUCUAAAUCCAAGAAAACAAAACUUCCUCCAAAAAGAACAGGAAAAUUUCGGUCAAAGAAUAAAAAGGAAAAGGAUUCCAAAGUAGGCCAAAGUUUUAUGAAAACUUCAAUCAUUGAAGAACACUUGGGACCCACAAAGUCUAUUGAACCAUGUGUUAAUGGGCAAGUUGAGUCUAUUGUUUUAGAGGAAACCACAUCAUGGUUGGAUUACCUUGAACCAACUUCGGAAUCAUGUAUUGAAGACAUGUCAGGAAUUCAUGAUUCUGGGAAUAGCAAUGAAGUUUCUUGGAGAGACGAAUCUCAUGUAAAAGUUCAAGAAUCUGAAGUUACCUCAACUACGGAAUCACGUAAUGAAGACUUGUCAGGAAUUCAAGAUUCCGGAGAUAACAACGAAGCUUCUUGGAAAGAUGAAGGCUACUUAAAAGUUCAAGAAUCUGAAGUCGUCUCAACUAUGGAACCACGUAAUGAAGACCUUUCAGGAAUUCAAGAUUCCGGAGAUAACAAUGGAGUUUCUGGGAAAGAUGAACCCCAGUUAAAAGUUCAAGAAUCUAAAGUUACCUCAACUACGGAAUCAGGAAUCCAAGAUUCCGGAAAUAGCAACGGGGCUUCUCGGAAAGAUGAACCCCUUGUAAAAAUCCAAGAAUCUGAUGUUACCUCAACUAUGGAAUCACAGAAUCCGGACCCUUCAGGAAUCCAAGAUUCCGGAAACAGCAGCUUAGUUUCUUGGAAAGAUGAAACCCAAAUAAAAAUCCAAGACUCUGAAGUUACCUCAACAACGGAAUCACAUAACAAAGACCUAUCAGUGAUUCAAGAUUCUGGAAAUAACAACGAAGUUUCAACAAGUGGUGGCAAUGAAAUUACAAAAGAACCCUUGGAAGUUGAUGGGUUUGGAAUUGGAGGUCUGUUUGAUGAACCUGAGCUUGAUGUAAAACCCUUGUCAAAUGGAGAUGAAAAAAAAGGUUUAAUGACUACAAGCAACAGUGAAUCUGAUCCUGAUGAUAUUGAUGACAAUAAUUCUCCAGUUUCAGUGGAGAAAUGUUUGGCUUACUUCACUACCCCUGAGCUUUUAACAAAAACCGAACAUGCGUGGCAGUGUGAACAAUGUUCAAAACACCAAAGGAUGAGACUAAAGAACAAAACCAGGGGUAAAAACGGAAUUUCAUGUGAUUCAGGCGUUGAUCACUUGCUUACCAAUGGGUUUGGGAAUCAGGAUGCUGAAUCUUGCAGUGUAAACAAAUCCAAUGGUGAAUGUAAGAAGCAUGAGUCAGAUAGCAGCGAAGAUGAUGACGUGGAUUCCAAGAGUGCCAAGGUGGCGAGAGAUGCGUCUAAGAGGAUUUUGAUCAGUCGGGCCCCACCGGUUUUGACUGUUCAUCUGAAAAGAUUCUGCCAAGAUGCUCGGGGGCGUUUAAGUAAAUUAAAUGGCCACGUCAGCUUUAGAGAUACAAUCGAUCUUAAACCCUACAUGGACCCUAGUUGUUGUAAAGAAAAGGAGACAUAUAAAUACAAAUUGAUGGGAGUGGUGGAGCAUUUAGGGUCAAUGAGGGGAGGCCAUUAUGUGGCGUAUGUGAAAGGAGGUGAUUGCAUAUGGUAUCAUGCCAGUGAUGCGUAUAUCCGUGUGACUUCUUUGGAGGAAGUUCUUCGGUGUGAGGCCUACAUUUUGUUCUAUGAAGCAAUGUACUUCCGGUUCGAAAGAGAAGGACCUGACUUGAUCGCAGCGCACACACCUAUGUUUUUCCGCAACUUAUGA